CCGGUCAUUGACCGUGACUGGGAUGACUCGGUCAUUGACUGCCCAACACUGCUUUGUAGUCCACGCGCGCUACUUUUGUCGGUCACUAUAAAUCGGACGCAAUAUAAACAGAGCCAAAUAGAGCGAGUCGAGCGGCUCAACGAACUCGAACCGCGAUGUUUGCUUGCAACCAUCAUGGCCAUCCUCAAGGUCACUUGGGCAGUCGUCUACGAUGAUCCCUCUACACACGCACACAGUUACAGCUAUUUGGGUUGUCUUACACCCAAAGUAGACUCAACACAGGAGCUCGGUACCAUUGUUGAGAGAGUUUUCGCCAACCGAGCGCUCGCGUUCAAAGACCCCUUGGCAGGCCACGGCGAAGGGGAUUUCAUCAUCGAGUUCUACGAGCUACCCAAGUGGCCUUGCGAGCGCGACUCUCCGAUAGGCAAAAUCAAAGAGGCAUUUGCAAAUACCGUCACCAUCGAAUACCUCGAGUUCUCAUGUAUCACAUUACCCGAUACGGAUUCGUACGACGAGGUCGAGAAGCAUGACAGUCUCAUGGUAGUUCUUUCACCUGCUCCAAGUCCGCGAUCUUCCAGGCGUGCUCUAGACACUGUGCUGGAAGAGGGUUCGGCAACACACCACAUAGUCCGCGAGAAUAUCGCUGCCGCGGCCCAGAAACGCAAGUCGCCGUCGACAGGUGCGAAACCCCAAGAAAUGCUGAAAACUCAGGACACCAAGAGGCCGGAUUAUGUCUACAAGUCCCGACCGCUGGAGUUGUCCGGUCCCCCGACCCAAGUCUACCACCCAGCGUUCGCUACCUUCUUGCGUAUGAUGCGCGACCCGCAGCAAGUCUCCCACGAGGAAUGUGGCUGGGCCCUGGAAUAUAUAGACAAGUCUUCGAGGUAUUACGCGACAGAGGACGAUCGCAAGAGGGAGAUGGUCACCAUGACUACCGCUGUGCAUUCGCGAAUCCUUGAUACCCUUGAAUUUAGCCUCGCGCCGUCGAGAAAAUUCAGACCUGACGGCGUCAUCCAAACCUCCAGACGGCCUCCCGGUCUCAAGAUGUCGCCCGUGCUGUGUAUCCACGAGAUCAAGAACGAGAUUGGCGAGGGCGGCAGCGACCCCUUUGCUCAAGCCGAAUGCUGCUACGUAGCAAUUUAUUGCUCGGACGAGAUACAUCCCGUCCGCGAAAUUUCUCCCUGUCCUUGCUUCCUGAUUGGGACGGCCGGCACCAGCAUCACGGUAGGCGGCGCUGUGUUUGCGGACGGGAUCAUCGUGCAGCAGCUCUCCACUAUCUCCACCAUCCCUGGCCCUGCGGAGCCGGGGGAGUCGCCGUUGGGCCACGCGAUUUAUCGUGUUGCUAAGUUUCUCCGCGCACUGAAGGCGUCUCUCAAGGAACUGGAAGAAUACUACGAUCAUCUCACAGUCCCUUCCCCAACUGUACCCCCAACUGUACCUUCAUCUGUGGCCUCAUCUGUGGCCUCAUCUGCGGCUCCGUCUGCGAUCUCGACGGGCAUGUCUCAACUCGGGCGCUCUUCGCACACACCUGCAUCUCGAAGAUCUCGAUCUAGUACCAAGGUGUCUUCCCCUACUAAGGCUAGGACACCGGCGCCCGGAACACAACAGCUUCCUUACGUCGGACCUCACUUCACCAAGUUCACCAAGCUCACCAAGUCGGGUGAGAUUGAAGUGACGCUCGAGUAUACCGGCCGGUUGGGGCAAGAGGAGUUUUCGAAGGCGGUGUUCACAGCGCUCGCUCACACAGGCACCGGCACCGGCGCCGCUGCCAAAGUCGUGGUCAAGUUCGCGCACGCUUACUCGUGCCGUGGCCACAAACUGCUCGCCGACCACAAGCUGGCACCGGAGCUGUGGUUCUGCGAAAAGGUAGAGAGCGUCGACAUGUAUGUCGUCGUGAUGGACUUCGUUCCCAGUCGCACCAUUGGCCCGCUGUCGGACGCCGACUGCGAGUGCCUCCGCGAUGCGAUGAAGAUCCUUCACGGCGAGAAGCUCGUGUUCGGAGACCUCCGCAGACCGAACAUCCUGCAGUGUCGAGGCGGCGGGACGAUGCUCAUCGAUUUUGACUGGUGCGGCGAGUCCGGCAAGGCGCGGUACCCGCUCGAUAUCCUGAUAGACGACACCAUGCCGUGGCACGAGGGCGUGGAGCGCGGCGGCUUGAUUACUAAAGAGCACGACAAUCAUCUCCUCAACAAUCUUGCUGGCGAGCUUGGACUGCGCAGUGCGGCGCCUGCAUCUGGUGGCGAGCAUGUUUGAAGCCGCUAUUCUUGUACGUUGAGUUAGUAGUGUUCCGUUAAUGCCAACCUUUGAUGCAUGUAUAUCACCAAUAUGUUUGCGAAGAGUGCUCGCGGUCGAAACUCGAGCGCCCGGCGCGUUCUUUGUGCGUUCGUGCCCUCCUGUACUGUCGACCUGCCGCGAGUUACGCCGUGCUGGCUCGCUGUAAGUGCGUAGUGUUUGCCUUCAAGUUGAGUUUAAAUUUGACUUGUGAUGUUGCCCCUACCUCGUUCACCGUUGUCCCUCCUAUCCUCUCUCCGACAU